AUGGUUAAAGGAUUCAAGUUGAAGGAGCUUCUGCACCGUCGUAAGGCUAUUGACCAAAGCGAACAGAAGGUAACAUCCAAAAAGACCAAACAACCAAGUCCAUCUAAUGCUCAGGACGAGGAGCCAGUGAUAGUCACCAAGGAUGACUUGAGAGCUGAUGAGGACGUUGAACCAGAAGUUGAAUCAGAAGAUGAAGAAGAGGGGGUAACCGGCGAGUACGAGAGCCACGCUUUGUCCAGAAAAGAGAAGAGAAAGUUGAAGAAGCUGUCCAAGAAGCAGCAAGCCGAGGAGCCUUCGAAGAAGGGAGAAGAAGAAGAGGAAGAAGAGCAGGAAGAAGAGCAGGAAGAAGAAGAAGAAGAAGAAUCUGAUAAUGAGAGUGACGAAGAAGAUCGUCUAGAUCUUGAGAAGUUGGCAAACAGUGACUCUGAUUCCGAUUCUGAUGAAGAAGAGGAAGAAGAAGAAGAAGAAGAAGAAGAAGAAGAAGAAGAAAAGGAAGAGGAAGAGGAAGAGGACGUUCCUCUAUCUGAUGUUGAAAUUGACGAAGAUGCCGAUGUCGUUCCAUACCAAAAAACUACCAUCAAUAACGUAAAAGCUAUGAAGGAUGCUCUAGAACGUAUUCAAAAACCAUGGGAAAAGCAUUCAUUCCAAGAACAUCAAUCCGUCACCUCUCAACUCAACACCGACGAAAAGAUCAAGGACAUCUACGAUGACACUGAAAGAGAAUUAGCAUUUUACAAACAGUCUUUGGAUGCUGUCACCAUCGCCCGUGAAAAGCUAAAGAAAUUGAAGGUCCCAUUCAAGAGACCUUUAGAUUAUUUCGCCGAAAUGGUUAAGAGUGAUGAACAUAUGGACAGACUAAAGGGUAAAUUGAUAAAGGAGGCAAGUGAAAAGAAGGCCCGUCAAGAAGCUAGAAGACAAAGAGACUUAAAGAAAUUCGGUAAACAAGUGCAAGUGGCUACUCUACAACAACGUCAAAAGGAUAAGAGAGAAACACUCGAUAAGAUUAAGGACUUGAAGAAGAAGAGAAAGCACAACGAAAUCGGCGGUGACGAUUUCGAUAUCGGUGUCGAAGACGCCGCCCAAUCGGAAAAGAAGCAUAAACCAAAUUUCAAGAGAGAAGCUAAGAAUUCCAAAUACGGUUCAGGUGGUUUGAAACGUUACAAGAGAAAGAACGAUGCCCAAUCCUCCGCUGAAAUGCCAGAAUUCUCCCAAAGAAAGAUGAAGGGUAAGGCACCACGUCCAGGCAAGUCCAAGCGUUCAAGAAGACACUGA